GGAAAUGCACGAGGCUGUGGAGGGCAGAGGGGGUGUUCUGAAGGGAUACAAGUAUACAAAUCAGAUCUCACAAAACAGUAACUUCGAUCCAGAAAGUACGCUUUAGCUCCAACUUUUGAUUUUAUUUUCUACGGAGCCAAGAUGACCACAGCGGUGGCGUCGCCUUUCUUCGACUUCAACGAAGUCAUGAACAAGAACAACAAAAUGCUAAACUACAACAACAACAUCCUGGGCACCCCCCACCACCCGUUGUCUGUCCCGUGCAAUGCUGGCGUGCCCAUGCCCCACUCCACCGGAGCCCUGCUGGACAGGAAGGCGGUGGGGACUCCCUCUGUGGGCGGGGUCUACCAGCGGCGCCACUCCGUCACGCUGCCCAGCUCCAAGUUCAACCAAAACCAGUUCCUGAACAGCCUGCAUAGUGACCCAUCCUUGUUCGGAACCCAGGGCCUGGGCGGAACCGGCGGUGGCGGCAACAAGGAGAAUCGCAUGAGGGACCGGUCCUUCUCGGAGACGGGCGAGCGCCUCCUGAGCCGGUGCCUGGGCGGGCCGGCCAGCCCCACCGGUGGGGGGGGGAGCCAGGUGAACUCCAGCCGCUACAAGACGGAGCUGUGCCGGCCCUUUGAGGAGAAUGGCGCCUGCAAGUACGGAGACAAGUGCCAGUUUGCCCACGGCAUCCACGAGCUGCGCAGCCUGAGCCGCCACCCCAAGUACAAGACGGAGCUCUGCCGCACCUUCCACACCAUCGGCUUCUGCCCCUACGGCCCCCGCUGCCACUUCAUCCACAACGCCGAGGAGCGCCGAGGGCCCCCGCCCCCGUCGUCCCCGCUCUCCUCCUCCAACCGGCUGGAGCGGCCCCGCCUGCAGCACAGCUACAGUUUCGCCGGCUUCCCCAGCUCCGGGGGCGCGAGGGACAGCCCCACCUCCGUCACCCCGCCGCCCAUGUUCCCCCACGACGAGUUGCUGGAGUGGCCCAGCAGCAACCCCUUCACCUACCUGUUCGGAGCCAGCCUGGGGGGAGGUGGAGAGGGGAACACCAUGGGAACGGAGCCUGGCACCCCCGCGCCCCACUCCCCGUCCAACACCCCCUACUUCUCCAGGUCCAUGUCCCCCCAGCCGUAUGAGGGUCCUUCCAGCCCCCCGGACUCUCUGUCCGACCUGGAGGGCUACCAGAGCAGCUCCGGGGGCAGUUUGAGUGGCUCCGAGUCGCCCAGCCUGGACACCACCAGACGCCUCCCCAUAUUCAGCCGCCUGUCCAUCUCUGAUGACUGAAUUGCGCCUGUUUGAACCUACGGCAGAAAGAGGACUAUGCCCCCACACCACCACCACCCUCGCACCUGUCCUCCCCCCCCCUUUCUUGGCCUUGUUAGUGCCCAGGCAGAGAGGGUAACGUUGAAUUAAGGGAACUUUUUUCAAACACAGCGCGGUUCAUCCCUGUUCAUCCUCCUCGCCGCUCUCACACAGGAACCUCUCACGUGUCUCAGUGCCAAAAAAAAUAAAUAAAAAAAUACACACUCAAAAGUGAGCGGAAAUUGAACUGUGGGGAAACAAAACAAAAAAAAUGUGUCUGGAAAAAAAAAAAAAGAUCUGUGACUUAUGCCAGGUGCCACUUGCCGUUUUGUUUCUUUUGUUUUUUGAAUGUGUAGCAGUGCAAGUGGCUCAUGGUAUGGGGAGUGCGUUGCACUAAAAACCACACCCCCGGCCCCACCAACCUUGACAUUACCACUUCCUGUGCGCUAGCUGGAAGGCGCUAAGGUAGCUGUAUAUCAACCAUGGCCCUUUUUACAAGAAUGGAAAAAAGAAAAAAGAAGAAAAAAAAGGAAAAGUGCCUGGGCGGUUUGUGCAUGUGCUAGGGUGAACGGACUACUGUUAGUGCUUGUUCUUUCUCGUAGCGUCUGUCACGGUUCUUUCUAGAACCCUGUCUUAUGUAAUAGUGGACUGAGAGUCUUCAGGAAGGACAUUAACUGGAUGUUGGUUAGCUUCCCUCGGGAUCUUCCUCCUGGUCACUGGCUGUUUUGGGAAGGAAGUCUUGAUGUCUAACUGGUUAUUAAACCUCCAAGACACACACUCACACUCUCUCUCUUUCCUUUUUGUCCCCCCCCCCCCCUCCUCUCAACUCCAUCUUCAUCAUGCCUAUCCAGUGGGGAAUUCCAGCAUUCCCAUGAUGCAGUAGGAAAUCCUGCAACAUGAGAUCAGAUCUCCAAGCUAUCUUACUUUACUGUUGCUUCUUUAGAACAUGCUUUGAGGAGCAUUCAGUACUAUUUACAUCUUUUUUCCUUUUUCUUUGGGUUAUAAUUUUUUAUUAAUGUUGUUAUUAUUAUUGUUUGGAAAAACUUUCACAACGGAAGGUUUCGCUUGUCACUGCUUAUUUAACUUAUAAACAUAUUUAUUGGUGAUCAUAUGCUUCUUUUUGUUAAUUUUGUUUUGUAUUUAUCUGAAUCAUGAAACGAUAGAAUAUAUUUUCUUUUAUGUUAAAUUAUGAUCUUCCAUAUGAAUCUAAAGAUUGUGAAGACGUUUUGUCAGUUUCCUUUUUUCACAGUUUAAUAUAUUGUACUACGAUGACGUUUGCAACUACACUUUGUCAAAAUGAAACUUAAUUUAAAGAAAAAAAAGUGCAUAAAAAUAUGUUUUGCGUUUUUGAUUAUUUAUUGUAGAAUGUUUUGAUUCUCUGCUCCCUGUUAUUGGACUGCAAUUCCAGCAACAUUCUAUCUGGCUCCUUUCCAUUCCAGAACUCUCCAUUUCUUAGUCCUCCCAAGAUACUCUUGACGAAAACAGUACUUUACUGUUAUUACAAUUUGUAUUACAACGCUGGAAGUUAGGCUAACCUGAUCUGGCAAGUUCUAAUCUGUUACCAGAAAGACCCUAUGUCUCUCGGAUAUUGAAUCCUAGAAAGAGGGAAAACAACAUGACUUUACAAAUCCAUGUUGCAUAAAGGACGUUAUGACACUGGUGGCCAGAUCAAGGGUCUAAUCCCAUUGGCCAUCCCCCUGACAUUAGCUGUGACCAAAUGGAUUGAGGAAAUAAUUCAGUGUUUUGAUGGGAUGUUAAAUGCACUGGUAUGUCCCCUGUAACCGUGCCUUCAAAAGUGUCUUUGCUAAAUACAUUCCAGGUGGUUAAGGACUCUCUGAUAUUUCAAAGUGGAGGGAAACAAAUUAUUUUUUAAAGUCUCUUGUUUCAUGUUUCCUCAAUGUUUGGUAAGAGGCAAACAGAAUUGACACGAAGAAAGUAAACUGUUGAAUGUAUUUUUCCAGCCAUGGUUUUUCACUACAGACUUGUUUAUGUGAAUUUAUAUAAAAACUGAUUUCUGUUUUGUAAUGUUGAUUGCAGUUAAGACCAAUAAACCCUGUAUUUUUGAAAACUUUAAA